AUGGAAGACGGACCUGAUGGAACAUCAAGUGGCGUCAUCCGUGGGACCCUGCAACAAACAGCCGACACAAGCACACAAGCCGACGAAGCAAGUCCCGUCGCGAGAAUGCAAAACCUAGAAGGCCCAGAAGCAACACCACAGGUUGCUACUGUAGUAAGACAUCAAAACACAGUCACCAGAAAGUUUGUCAGCGACGAAAGAACGGACUUACAAGGUAAAACGACAGAAGAAGUGGAGUUAGACGAAUUCGAAGCAUUGAGAAAGUUACAAAGUGAUAAAAGACUCCAGAAGGAAAAGGAAUGGGAUCGAGUUUCGGUCCACACAGACCAAAUGGAAGAUUCCAGUGAAGAAGAAAAAGGAGUCAGACCUUUGCCAAAAAAGAUCAAGCGAGAAUGA